AUGUAUUCCAUGGACAAUCUCGAACUGGAUAUGAUGAAUCGACAGUACAUGUACGAGGCUCAUGGGUUUCUUGGGAAUCCAGCGAUUCCAGCUUUGCCGCCGCAUUGCGGAGCACCUACCACAGCCACGUUACCUUCUAUUCCCUCCCAAUUAGCUGCACAUCCUGCUGGAAGUACUGGAAGUACCAGCGGUAGUGAAAUUUAUUUGUAUGACGAAAAUAGCAGCGAUAAUGAAAGUGCUUACAGUAGUGAUCAGGAGAAUCACACCAGAGAACGAAGUCAAAACAAUAGAAGAAAUGGGGCGUCGGGAAAAAGUCCGAGGCAAGCAGUGCAACAAAGACAGGCCGCCAAUAUGAGAGAGAGGAGACGUAUGCAGAAUAUAAAUGACGCCUUCGAGGGUCUUAGGGCCCACAUACCUACUCUUCCUUAUGAAAAGAGGCUCUCUAAAGUAGAUACGUUAAAAUUAGCAAUUGGUUACAUUAAGUUUCUUAACGAAUUGGUCAGAGCUGAUAAGGGUAACGAUCCUCUGACGGGAAAUAGUGGUCUCUCAAGAUGUUCUGGACGAGAUGAUUCGAAGAAGGUCAUAGUUCGUGGCAGUGAAGGAAAUCCUUUCAUUUUUCAUUCCUUAUCAUGGUCCAGGAAAUCGGAUAUCUCUCAGAAUGGGACGAUGUAUGCAAAAGUAUGGACCCCGGAGGAUCCAAGAACAUCAAAAAAUGGCUCGACAUUCGAAUAAAAUUUUCAUCUCUUAAUUAAGUCACGUCGAGCCUUGUGUUAUUUAGUAUUUAAGGACAAACAUUCCUAGUCGUUAUUUUACUUUUUUUUUGAUGCUGAAUCAUUAUUAACAAUCAAACAAAAGAAUAAAAAAUUUGUUAAUAUAUAAGAAGAUUACAUCAAUUAAUUUUUUUGUGUCUCUAGUCGAUUUUAAUGUGAUGGACAAUAUCAAUUAAAUUAUUAUUGUUAAUAUUUAAUAACCUUAUGAACAAAUAGUUUAAUUUUUUAAAUUAAUAUCUAAGAAGUCAAAUUUAAAUAAGAAAAAUUCUUGUAAAAUAUGAAAUUGUAAUAUAAAUGAUAUAUGUAUCUUCUGUUAAGUUCCUCUUUAAAAAUGCUCAAAAUCCAAUGAAUUAACAUUACAUAACAUAUGAAGAAAGAAAAACAAAAUACGAAGAUUCUGUCGGAUAUUUUUCUUCUUUUCCUUUUAAAUUGUAAGUGAUCAAUUUGACUUUUAAUUUUUCUGGCAGAAUUCAUGUUAUAAUAAAUGUAUAUAUAAAGUGCGUAAAAAAAUCUAAACAGAUAUCGUUUGUACGUGACACGUGAACAUGAAACAGAUUGUUUGCUAUUAAAACAACGUGGUUGUCAUUGAAGCCAAAUAAAGUAGAUUCUUGAAGUUUCAAA